UCGGAGCUGAUAUACGCUGGUGUUUGGCGGUGCCGCGUGGGGCGAAGAUGACGAGAAGCUGCUCUGCGUUCGGGUGUAGUAAGAGGCAGGGUGAUCGGCCUAGAUAUGGAGAUUGCUUAUCAUUCCACAAGUACCCUCAUCAUGACCCGAGGCUGCUGAGGAAGUGGAUUGCUGCCACAAGACGUCAGGGAGAAAAGCGAAGGACAUGGGAGCCCUCUCAGAGUGCACUUCUGUGCAGUGACCACUUCAUGGAGGCUGAUUUUGAGCCAUACCGUGAACGCAGAAUGUUGCGUGAGGGAAGCAUCCCAUCACGGUUCAUGUUCCCGGAGCAGACAAAAGCAGUGGCACGCAUCUCAAGUGUCAGGUGCGUGAAGAAGGAGCUGAAGAAAGGAGUCCUGCCAUCCGUCUUCAGGUGGAAAUCGCCCCGCUCUGAAGAAGUCGCGCGUAGCGGGCAUAAAAAAAUGUGCAGGGUGAGGAAGCAGCGGCUGCAUGCCGCUUUCAGACAGGGAAAGGUCAAUGGCCAGGAAUCAACACUUUCAUCGUCAGAAACGCGUCACCAGUACUUAACUGGAUGUGACUUUCGAACUCCGACCUCACCACCUCUGCGCGAGCCCAGCACCGGCGACUCGCUAACUGCGGCGCCGCGCUCCAGCACGCCGUGCUGGCUGUGCGAUGAACCCUGCGCCAGACUGCGCGCCGACGCCGAACUGGAACACUCCGGGCUCACGCUCGCCGACCGGCUGAUCGCCAUGGGCCACGCGAUCUUACCUCGAGCCCGCGUCUGCGCCGCAUGCGCCAAGCUUGUGCGCGAUUGGGACGACUUGAUGACGCGGGCGCUCCGCGUGCGUGUGCUCAUCGAGUUCAUUAUCGGUCGCAAGACAGCUGCCGCCACCUGUCGGCAGUUCGAAGAGACAAACGAUGCUCGCGCCACCACCAUCUCGGACAACGCCACAAACUUAACGUACUCUUCCGCUGAGGACGACACCAUCUCCGAAACCAUAGCGUACUCAGAGACGGGCUUCGCUGGUGCUGUCGAUCCUGAGCCGCCCGCCGUUGCGGAGGAGGAUGCAGACGAAACAUGGCGACGUUCAGGACGGAGAGCCGAGCGUCACGCCGGGCCCGUCGGCCGGCGGGGCGCGGCGUCGCUCGAGCCGGCUGCUCGUGCUCGCACCGCGCUCUGGGUGGAACAGCAGCCGCCGCCAGUGCUCGCCAAGCGCCGCCAGGGAUGCCCCGAGCCCGCAGGUCGGACGAGCCUCGUUCAGACGGAAGCCCGGCCCAAGGCGGAACAAGCGCGCGCCGUUGGAAAAGAAGCCCGGACGGCAGAAUCGGGAGGCCGCGAUCAACCUCGCCGAGUGUAUGCUAGGGCGGUCGAAUUCAUCACCAAGGACGAAGAAGCCAAAGGCUUUGGAAAAACGCGAGGAACUGUCCGCGACGCUUCGGCGCCGUAUAACCAGAAUUUAUCCGGAAGCAUUGCUUUCUGUGGCGCAAGUGGCUACCACCCCAGGGUCGGGUAACGGCGCCCCGGUUACACCAGGGGACCAUGAUGGACUGUGCUUGCCCAUACAUGCUCGCCCUGUGCCGAGGAUGUUGGUGAAGCAGUCAGACGGGUCGGCGGCUCUGGCCGUGCAAGCCGUGCUCAGGAGGUCAGGGAAGUCCGGCGCGCUCGAAGUGCAUUUCGUGAGGCUCGACCCCGCCCGUUUGGCGGCCGGCGCGCACCCAGGCGAUCCUCUCGUAGACGGCGAGGCGGCGCCGGACCCGCUUGGGCUGAGACCUGUCGGCGACGGCCUAUCUCCGGCGCGCAGUGACCUGCGCCUCGCGGCAGAGCCGCUC